CCGGACGAGGUGUCGCGGCGGCUGGCGGGCACCCGGCGCGAGCUGCGCAACCGCCGCAAGAUCCUGCUGAGGAACCUGCCGCCCGACAGCAGCAGCCAGGAAAUCCAUGACUUAUUCAAAGCUUAUGAAAUAAAGUAUUGUUAUGUGGACAAAAAUAAAAGAACAGCUUUUGUUACUCUGCUAAAUGGAGAACAGGCCCAAAAUGCAAUUCAGAAAUUUCACCAACACUGUCUUCGUGGUAAAGAAAUAUCAGUGCAGCUGCAACCAACAGAUGCUUUGCUUUGCAUUACCAAUUUGCCAACCUCAUUUACAUUACAAGAAUUUGAUGAACUGGUGCGUACAUAUGGCAAUGUUGAGAGAUGUUUUCUGGUCUAUAAUGAAGUUACUGGUCAUUCAAAGGGUUAUGGGUUUGUGGAAUACAUGAAAAAGGACUCUGCUGCAAAGGCUAGACUGGAACUUCUGGGCAAACAAUUAGAUGAGAACACCCUCUUUGCGCAGUGGAUGGAUGUUAAUCAGUUGACCAUGGAUCUUAUUCAUUCUAAGUGCCUUUGUGUUGAUAAACUCCCUAAAGACUAUGCUGACUCAGAGGAACUGAUGCAAGCUUUCUCACUGAAAUAUAAACCUGUGUUCUGUCAGUUUGCUCAGGAUGAAGAUAGUUAUAUUGGUGGCUUUGCAGUAAUUGAGUAUGAGACUUCAGAGCAGACGGAGAAAGUGCGAGAAGCCACAGAUGGUAUGAUUAUCAAAGGAAAGAGAGCCCAAGUUUCAUACUGUGCUCCUGGGGCACCAGGGCGAAGCACACUAGCAGCACUUAUAGCAGCCCAAAGGAUGAUGAGAAACAAUAGGAAAGGAUUGCUUCCAGAGCCAAACGCAGUCCAGAUUAUGAAAAGUUUAAACAACCCAGCCAUGCUACAGAUACUUUUGCAGCCCCAGUUGCGUGGAUGUGCUGGUAAACCUGUUCUUGGAGCUUCUGCUGGUUUCCCUCAUCUUGUAAAUACAGCAGUCAGCCCAGUUUUGAAUCUGAAUCAAGUUCACCAGAACUCAGUUUUGGGGAACACACCUACCUUACUGCUGCAGAAUCCUUCCCAUUUACAACUGUCACGGCGGCAGCUAAUGAAGAUUGAGAAUCUUCAAACUAACAGUAAACCUGGUUUACUUGGAGAGCCUCCAACAAUGUUACUUCAGACUGUAUUGGGAAUAGGGCCAACACCAUCCAUGAGUGCAGGCAUGGGAAACCGUGGAGAAGCUCAUACAUCAUCCAGUCUGACUCCAACUGCAGCAGCAGUAGGGAUGGGCAUGUUUCCAUUCUUUCCAAAUCAGCACAUUAUUGGACAAGCUAUACCAUGGCAAAACAACACUCAGGAUAAACAAUCAACUACAGCGGGACUGUCAGAAGGAGCUGUCUCGGGGUCUCAGGCUUAUCUUCAGAGCUUAACAAAUCUCAGUGCUGGAGACUUGCAGAGAGGACCCUCCAAACAGCAAAGUCAGCUAAAAAGCACUGAUACAGCUUCAGGGAUUCCCUCAAAAAAACAGACCUCACUGCUGGGGGAUCCACCAAAAGAAAUCCGGCUUAGUACCAAUCCCUACUUGAAUUUGGCAAGUGUGUUACCUGGUGUGUGUCUUUCAGCAAUUGCCAGUAAAGCCCCUAAUGCUCAACAGCAGACUGGACUUUCAAGCCAUGUGCUAGAUGCUGGUGUCUCUCAGGGAAAUAUAUCGCAACAUGCAACAGAAAAUUAUUUGAAUUGCUCUCAGCAGCAGGGGGAUUAUCCGCAGGAGGCUCUCCAACAGUGGUACCAGCACUGUGCUCAAGCAUAUAAAGCUUCCCAAGUAAGAGUAGGGGAUUUUGAAAAUGAAGCUUCUGAGGAAUCUGGUGGCGGGCAACACCCGGACUACAAUACCUACUUGCAUGUCAUGCCUUCCUGUUACACUGGAGCCCAGGGAUCAUAUCAACCAGGCAGCUUGCCAGGCUCACAAGGUCCAUUGAACAAGGUGGCACCAGUUAGAAGUGAAAAGCGAGGCUCUUCGUACCUCAUUUCUUCCCCAGAUGCUGGGCCAGUGGAAUACAUUGGCCAGCAUGCUCAGGACAAUACAGUACAUCAUGCAGAAUCCUAUCUUAAAAAGAAACGUGUUUAUUGAUAUCCAGUCAACAGAUCCUGCCUUAAAGGGAAAAGGCAAUCUUUUCUUACCUGUGCUCUUUAUUGCUGCCUUAACUUCACGCACACCAUCCAUAUAUAUGAGUUACAGACACCCAAAAGGAACAAACCUGUACAGCAGGCAAAUUUGCCAAAUCAACUAUUAUGUAGCAAUAAAAAGAUAUUUACUUAGA